AUGACAAUGAUGAGGAUGCCGCGCCUGGCCACGGUCAUUUCUGAGGAUAGUAGGGAUGACGCUGAUUUUAAGUUCUCAUCCUCUGAGGACGAGAUAGAUGCUGCUCGGAGGCAAUUCGUCACAGAGGAACACCAGUUGCUCGCCCGCCCCCAACAACUGACCGAUCCCUGGAACCUUAUCCCUGCAGAGGACGAGAGAAGAGCAAGGGCCUGUUCCCAGUCUCCCGCGCUUCUUGUCCCGAAAAUAUCGAGGCCGGUGGACGGGCGAGAGGCUCCGCAUCCGCGCAGACAACUCACUCCACAAUGUCCAAUUGCGGAAUUUCAGAUGUCGAAAUUGGUUUCGUCAAGUCAUACGUAA